AUGCCACCAUUAUUUAUUUUAUUACACGUAUUAAUAAAUAAUGAAAUUAUUGCUUAUGGUAAUGAUAUUCAUGCACGUCAACGUCGUAGUAAUAUUCCGUGUGGUGUUAGUUUUACGCCAUGUUCACCUGCAGCACUUGCAUUUGGUCUUACAUCAAAUAUCACCAGUGAAAGUGAAAAAAUUCAACGAAAUCCAUUUGAAGUUAAAGGACGUCAUAUUAAUAUCAGUAAAUUAAUCGAUCAUCAAAAUAUUAUUGCUGCUAUACGGGAAGCAAAAGAUGAAAUUGAUAUUCUGUUCAAUCAGACUGAAAUUAAAAUUUUCAAAAGCACAAAUGCAUUUGAUGGUGAACCAGCAGAGAUAAUAUGGAAUGCAAUAAAUAAAAUUGAUCCGUAUUCCAAAAAACUUUCUUAUUCAUCACAAAUUUCCAUUGCUGCAACUGAAAAAUUACACAGUUUUGGUCUUACAACUGAACAAAUUCUUUACGGUUUACCGAUAAUGGAUCUUCGUGAUACAACAAUAAAUAGCAUAUGUCCAGUAAAUUUGGUCACAGAAUGUCCAUCAGCUAAAUAUCGAACUUAUUCUGGACAUUGUAAUAAUGUUAAUCAUCCAUUAUGGGGUGCUUCAUCUGAACCAAUGCAACGUUUCCUAAUACCAAAUUAUGCUGACAAAAUUUCAAAACCACGUAUUUCAAUAAAUGGUUCAUCACUUCCAAGUGCUCGAAAAAUAUCACAUAAUCUUAUCACUGAAUCAAUUGAUCGACAUACCUCAUGUUCAAUGAUGAUUGCUCAAUGGGCAAUGUUUAUUUAUGAAGAUAUCAGUCAUGCUGGUAUAACAACUCUUUAUGAAGGUAAUCAAUCAAAAUCAUUAUCAUGCUGUCACGAGAAAUACACUCAUCCAGAAUGUUUUCCAAUUGAAAUUGAUGAUAAUGAUACCACUUAUUCAAAAUUAACACGAUGCUUACCAUAUGUACGUACAUCAACAUCACCUCGAGAGAAUUGUUCACUUGGUCCACGGGAGCAAGUUAAUCAAGCUACAUCAUACCUGGAUGCUAGUCAUAUAUAUGGUAAUACCGUGGAACGUGCCAGUAAACUUCGUUCAUAUCGAAAUGGUUUUUUAUUAACCCAACAAAAUUCACGAUCUAAAAGUUUAUUAUCAGCAACAAAUAAUGAUGAUACAUGUACGACUAAUCGAAGCACACAGCGAUGUUUCUUAUCGGGUGGUAAAUUUACAAAUUUAUUUCCGUCACAAACUGCAUUGCAUACGAUUUGGUUACGUCAACAUAAUGAUAUUGCUAAGCAAUUAAAAAUAAUCAAUGCUGAUUGGGAUGAUGAGAAAUUAUUUCAAGAAUCACGUCGAAUUGUUGUUGCUCAAAUUCAACAUAUUACAUAUAAUGAAUUUUUACCAAUUAUUGUUGGAAAAAAUAAAUUACGACAAUAUGGAAUUAAAUUACGAUUAAAUGAUUAUGAUAGUGAUUAUGAUUUGAAAGUUGAUGCAACAGUAUUAAACGAAUAUGCAUCUGUGGUUGGAUUAUUCUAUUAUUCACUAUUCUCUGAUCCGGUAUUUCUUUAUGAGGAUAGUGAAAGUGAGCGGAAAACCGAGAAAUCCUGGAGUGCUCUUCUCAAUGAUCCAGGAUUAUUGUAUAAUGGUAAAAUGGAUGCCAUUUUAAGAUUUUUAUUACGUGAAACAAUCCGUAAACCUGGAUUACAUCUGAAUAAAUAUUUCAAAAAUGAAUUCCUACGUGGUAAAGGAAAUUAUGGACUUGAUUUAGCAGCAAUGAUUAUACAAAUGGGUCGAGAUCAUGGAAUUCCAGGAUAUACUGCAUUUCGAAGCGCUUGUGGUCUUCGACGUCCAACUAAUUUCACCGAUUUGGAUGAUAUUGUAUUAGAAUCGCUUGAUUUGGAUGAAUUGGCUAAAUUAUACAAUCAUAUCGAUGAUGUUGAUUUGUUUGUUCUUGGUAUGGCUGAGAAGCCAGAACUUGGUGCAUUAGUUGGACCAACAUUUGCAUGUAUCAUUGGUAAACAAUUCCAAAAGAUUCGUCGAGGUGAUCGUUUUUGGUAUGAAAAUUUCUUUGCACCAUCAGCGUUUACAUUGGAACAGUUGGGAGAAAUUCGAAAAACAACGCUAGCACGAAUAAUAUGUGAUAAUUCUGAUGAUAUCAUACAAAUUCAACCAUAUGUUUUUACAGUUGCUGAUAUUUAUGGGAAUUGUCCAAUGUAUUGUAAUUCAACGAUAAUUGAUACGAUCGAUUUAACACAAUGGGCUGAUCAAGAGCCUAGGCUUAAAUUACCAAUAACAAAGGCUACAUUAGAAAAAGCAGUACGAUUGGGUGCUGAACAUGCAAAACGUUUAAAUGAAGCCGAAGCAGAUCGGAUUAGAAAUCAAGGAAGAAAUAAUAAUCAAAGUAGAAGUCGAAAUUCGGCAAUUUAUGCACAUUCAAAUUUGUUAGCACCAAAAAAAGAAUCAUUGGAAAUUUCACAUCGUGCCGAAGUACUUCGAGAAACAACCAAAGUUUUAUUAAGAGGUGAUGGACUAAGUGAACAGGAACGUUUACCGUUAGAAUUAGAUUUGACUACGCUGCAACGCUUACUACCUGAAAUUGAUAUAGCACGAUUUGUUGGAAAUAUUACGGAUUUUUUGGGCGAAGAAAAUCCAUCAACGGAAGAAUGCUUGCCACGACCAUUACCAUGUGAUCAUACCACCAAAUAUCGUACAUUUUCUGGAUGGUGCAAUAAUUUGAAAUUUCCACAUUACGGAAAUGCAUUUGCACCAAUGCGUCGUUUAUUGGAUCCGGUUUAUGAUGAUGGUUUUGAUAGUCCACGUAUAUUUGGUCGUAAUAACAGACGUAAAUUACCGUCGGCUCGAAAGGUAUCAAAUGCUGUGCAUGCGGAAGCACCGCUAUUUCAUGCUAAAUAUACGCAUAUGUUAAUGCAAAUGGGACAAAUAAUUGAUCAUGAUUUCGCACAUUCACCAGUUUCAAGAGGACCCGGAAAUACGAUUUUGGAUUGCAGUCGUUGUGAUUCAGCUCAAACUGUUUCCAUACAUUGUUUUCCGAUACCAAUCGAAAGUGGUGAUCCAUAUUUUCCACAUUUGCGUGAUAAUGGUGAACCAAGAUGUAUAGCAUUUACUAGAUCACUUCUAGGACAAUUUACACUUGGAUAUCGAAAUCAGCUGGAUCAAUUAACUUCUUACCUUGAUGCUUCAUUUAUCUAUGGUUCAACGGAAUGUGAAGCAAAUAAGCUACGUUUAUUUAGUCAAGGACAAUUGAACUUUACAGAUCUUGGCUUCAAUAGAGAAGCCUUACCACAAGGACUACAGGAAAGAGAUUGCAGAUCACAACCACAACAUCCAUGUUUUAAUGCAGGUGAUGAACGUAGUAAUGAACAACCAGGUCUUACCGUUAUGCAUACCUUAUUUCUCAGAGAACACAAUCGUAUUGCAGCAAGUUUAAGUCGUAUCAAUAAUUUUUGGUCUGAUGAAAAGAUUUAUUUGGAAACGCGACGUAUAAUGGGCGCUAAAGUACAACAUAUCAUCUAUAACGAAUGGUUACCAAUUGUGUUAGGUUGUGAAGCUACUGCAAGAUAUGAUCUUGUACCACGAAAAACAGGCUAUUACAAGGGAUAUGAUAAUAAAUGUGAUGCGACAAUGACGCAAGAAAUGGCAACAGCAGCAUUUCGUUUUGGUCAUUCACUGAUACGUAACAUAUUUCCACGAAUGAAUGCGGAAUAUCAGGAAGAAACGAAUGGUAUCGAUUUAAAAGCUUCAUUCAAUAAUGAAACAUUUUAUUACACUUUGGAAACUGGACAUAUUGAAUCAGUAAUUAUGGGCCUUCUUGGAUCACAUAGUAUGGAAUUUGAUCGUCAUAUUAGUGAUGCAAUACGUAAUCAUUUAUUUCAACGAUCAGCUAAUCCAUAUACAGGAAUGGAUCUUCCAGCACUUAAUAUACAACGUGGAAGAGAUCAUGGUGUUCCACCAUAUAAUUCAUAUCGUGAAAUGUGUGGAAUGCAUCGUGCAAGAAAUUUUGAUGACUUAAGAGACGUCAUGGAUAAUCGAACGAUAGCUGCAUUACGGAGUGUUUAUGAUCAUGUGGAUGAUAUUGAUCUCUUUCCAGGUAUCAUGUCGGAAAGACCACUCAAAGGAGCGCUGGUUGGACCAAUGUUGACAUGUAUCAUUGGCGAACAAUUUCAACGGUUAAAACGUUGCGAUCGAUUUUAUUACGAAAACGAUAAUGCGGCAACAAAGUUUACGCCAGAUCAAUUAGCUGAAAUACGAAAAACAACAUUAAGUAAACUUAUUUGUGCAAACAGUCAAUAUGCGCGUCACGUUCAACCGAAUGCAUUUCUUAUGCCUGACGAUUUAACGAAUGCACCAAUGAAAUGUUCUGAAUUACCGGACAUUGACCUUUACGAAUGGCUUGAUCGACAAUUUUGUGUGGUGGAUCAUCGAGUUAUUAAUUUGGGAAGGACAAAGCGUAUAACGCCAUGUAUCACUUGCACAUGUACCGCUGAAGGACCAGAAUGUCAUUCGAUGGUGAUUGAUCGCUGCGAAUCACUGUUAACCGAAUACCUUUUUUCAGAAGUGAUCGCUGAUACAGUAUGUGUAAUACAAUGUUCAUCACUGAUACGUCAAAGAAGAGGACAACUGUAA